CAGAGGCACCAUCUCCCUUGGCUCUAGUACAUCAGAAACACAGAAGGACCAAAGCCUCUAUCAAUCUGUUGUCCAUCAUGUGGGCGAUGGGACUCUGGGCCAAGUUAUGUGUACUGUGGGGAAUGUCAGUUGCUCCAGCCUUGGUGAUAGCCGGCCUGAUCCCAAGAACAUUUUCCUCAAGUCCUUUAGGAAAAGAAUUUGUCACAGCUUUCAUGCAGAACGGCUUGCCACGAACAUCCCACGGGGAUUUCAAGCUGAUUAUCUCAGGGUAUGCUCCUGAAACAUCUGUCACUAUCUACAUGAAACGGCCGGCAUUGAGGGCAGUGAUCCAGGUGAAUGAGGGUCAAACCCUGUCUGCGACAAUCCCACGUGAAGCAGAGAUGGUCGGAACCGGUUUGUUUGACAGCACGGUCAUUGUCCGGGCCGACAAAGAUAUCUCUGUCCACUCCGUCAAUAGCAAGCCUACCUCAGUUGAUACUACCAUUGUCUAUCCGGUGACAAGCUUAGGAACCGAGUAUUACAUCGUCACUCCAACCGUAGGCACAGAUCGCUACCGAGAGUUUGCCAUCAUUGCCUGGGACGAGCCCACAUCCGUUGACAUCCACCUGAAAGGGACUGUGACAUUUCAGAGGAAAAAAUAUUUCCACGGGGACAAGAUCUCCAUUGCACUUAGUCCUUACCAAGCUGUCCAGCUACAAAGCGAGGUGGACGUCUCCGGGACUAAAAUAGUCUCUCAGAAACCAGUGGCUGUCUACAGCGGCCACACGUGCGUCUCUAGACAAGUCUCUUGUGACCAUGUUUCUGAGCAGCUGUUGCCUGUUUCUAGCUGGGGUACCGACUUCAUCGUCCCCUCUCUUCCCUUUGACACGGAGUAUGACAUAGUGUAUGUUUCUACUUCCCAAAAAACUCAGGUUGACACCCAAAUUGGGGCAAGCAAGAGCAACCGAGACUUGACUGCUGCUCGAGCACACUUGUACGGCAUUCAAGGCUCGACCGCCAUGUCCCUCUCGGCUAACUCGGGCAUUCAAGUUACCUUCUUCAGUGACGGUGGCACUCAUGGUAGCCUCCACUAUGACCCUUUCUUCAUGGCAAUCCCUCCGGUCUCUAGUUACUGUCAAGCCUACAACAUUUAUGGGUAUGACCAUUUUGAGAACUACGCGCUGAUCAUUGCCAAAUCAUCGGAGACUUCUGGGAUCACCCUGGACAAGCGACCACUGAGAAAUCUCCACUGGAAUCCAGUUCCUGGCACUGAAUUCUCCUGGGCAUCACACAGCUUAGGCCACAGAUACACAGUCCAUGUAGUGGAGCACCCCACCUCCCUCUUUGGGCUGCUGAGUGUUGGGGUUGGAAACGGGAAGGCAUACGGCUCCCCAGCAGUUUGCGCAAAAGAUCCCUGCAAAACACUGCAAUGCCGAACAAAGGAAAUGUGCCAGGUGCAGAAUGGUCAAGCGAGCUGUGUCCAUGAGUACAUGGGAACCUGUUGGGGCUCCACAUCCCAAGAUGUUCGGACGUUUGAUGGCCUCAUCGUAGACCUCCAAUAUCUUUGCACCUACACCCUUGUGAAGUCCUGCAGCGGUGACCCUGACCUUGUACCUUUCACAGUUGAAGAGAAGAGCAGCCCCUCCGACCACAAGGCCUCCUCCAAGAUGCAGCUAACCCGUAUCAACGUGUAUGAUUACAACAUCACCAUUAACAAAGGAGAUGAUGCCCAGAUCAUGGUAAACGGUGCAGUGGCCAGCCUCCCAACCAUCCUGCAAGACGGAAAAAUCAAAAUCUUUGAGAACAGCGGGCAGCCCAUCAUCGAAAGAAUCCCCUUCCAGCCUAAGACGGUCCACACCUGCCCUGACAACAGUCACUACGAGUCCUGUGGAAGUGCCUGCCCAGCUACCUGUUCUGACCAAUCGGCUCAUUCCACCUGCAAAUUGCCCUGUAUGGAGACCUGUCAGUGUGACGACGGUUACGUCCGCCACGACAACAAAUGCAUCCCUGUAGAGAGCUGUGGCUGCAUCUCCAGCAGCGUCCACCACAUGCCUGGGGAGGAGUUCUGGGCUGAUGAGAACUGCCAGUCUCGUUGCAAGUGUGAUCCUAACCUAGGGAAAGUGAAGUGUUGGAAAGCAGGCUGCAAAGCCAAUGAGAAAUGCACCCUGGUGGACGGCGUGCGCCGCUGCAAGGGAACGACGUACUCCACCUGCAUAGGAACUGGAGACCCUCACUACACUACCUUUGAUGGAAGGAAGUACGACUUCCAGGGGAGCUGCGUUUAUCAGAUGGCGGACGUCUGCUCCCAGGACCCCACCCUCACACCAUUUUCGGUCACCGUAGAGAACAACCACCGAGGCAACAAGGCAGUGUCCUUCACCAAAGUAGUAACGUUGGAUGUCUACAACAUGACCAUCAGCCUGAGCCAAGACCAUCCACGCAGGAUUCAGGUCAACGGGGUCUUUGUGGACCUGCCCUUCUCCUAUGAAGAUAAGCUGAAGGUCUACAUCAGUGGAGUCCAUGGCUUCAUCAAAACAGACUUUGAUCUGAGAGUCAGCUUUGACUGGUACAGCUAUGCCAGGGUCAUCAUACCUAACACUUAUGCCAAUGCGAUCUGUGGACUCUGCGGCAAUGCCAAUCAGGAUCCCGGAGAUGACUUCACCAUGAAGGAUGGUACUCAGGCGAAGGACGAAAUCCAGUUUGCAGAGAGCUGGAAAGUGAAGGAUGUCCCCGGGUGCUCAGCGGGAUGUACCAGUAACUGCCAAGUGUGCGGGGAGGCUGAGAAGCAGCCCUACAAGAGUAACAAGUAUUGUGGGGUCCUCAUUCAAAAGAAUGGACCAUUCAGGCAGUGCCAUGAAGCCAUUGACCCAACGUCCUUCUUUGAUGACUGCGUCUUUGACACCUGUAUGUACAAGGGUCACCACGAUACCCUGUGCAGUGCCAUCAGUGCCUACGUGACAGCCUGCCAAGCUCAGGGCACCCAGGUUGGGCCAUGGCGAUCAGCCUCUUUCUGCAGUCCUCCCUGCCCACAGAAUUCCCACUAUGAGCUCUGUGGAAAUGGCUGCCCCUCCACUUGCCACGACCUCUUAGCACCAGAAACAUGCGAGGAUUCUUGUGUAGAAGGAUGCUUUUGUGACUCGGGAUUCGUCCUCAGCGGGGAUCAGUGUGUCCCUCUUGCAGACUGUGGCUGCGUGCACCGUGGCAGAUACUACAAAAGGGGAGAGGGCUUCUACCCGGACUCUUCCUGCCGGGAGAAAUGUCGCUGCAUGGACCACAGAGCUGUCAAGUGUGAAAAGUUCUCCUGCGGAUCACAUGAGGAAUGCAGGGUGGAAAAUGGCGUCCAAGGCUGCCACCCAGUGGGAUACGGAACAGCUAUAGCAUCAGGCGACCCUCAUUACAUUUCCUUUGAUGGACGGAGUUUCGAUUUCCAUGGCUCCUGCACUUACACCUUGGCCGAAGUGUGCAGCCAGGAUCCUCAGCUAGAGCCCUUCUCAGUCUUGCUGGAGAACGAGAAGUCCAAGGAGAGUCCAGCAGUUCUCACAAGGAGUGUUGUCAUUUCCAUUCAUGGGCACACUGUUGUCCUUGAGAGAGGAAUGAAGUGGAAGGCGACGGUGGAUGGAGAGCUACACACACUGCCAAUGAACAGGGACGAGGGGAAACUCUGGAUUACCCAGGAGGGGAACAAUAUCAUUAUCCAGUCUUCCACUGGCUUCACAAUCCUUUACGACACUCUCUCUUUUGUCCGUGUAUCUGUCCCCGGCACUUACCAAGGACAGAUGUGUGGUCUGGGCGGUAACUUCAACGGUAACGCAAAUGACGAUUUCAUGCUACCCGAUGGAAAAACUGCUCAAAGCGUGGUUGAGUUUGGGGCCUCUUGGAAGGUUCCCGUGGAUGGCGCCAGUUGCUCUGACAGCUGCGGUGAGCAAUGCCCUACCUGUGACGCUGCCAAGAUUUCACAGUGUGAGACUUCCUGUGGCAUCCUCCGAUCCCAGUUGGGCCCAUUCAGAGACUGUCACCCCUUGGUCAACCCUGAUGUGUACUUCAGCCAUUGUGUAUACGACACAUGUGCAGCCAAUGGAACUGAAGAAGCCCUCUGCCGUAGCCUCCAGGCCUAUGCAGCAGUAUGCCAAAUGAGGGGAGCCUUGAUUGAAGACUGGAGAACAUCCUCCUUUUGUCCUCUCUCCUGCCCAGCCAACAGCCACUAUGAGCUAUGCACCCGAACCUGUGAUUAUACCUGUGCUGCGCUAUCGGCUCCGUCUCAGUGCACCGGGGAGUGCUUUGAAGGGUGCCAGUGUGAUUCUGGGUACGUGUUCGAUGGGGAGGAAUGCGUCUCCAUGGACAAGUGUGGCUGUUCGUACGACGGGUGUUACAUCAAGGCUGGAGAGACCAUCCUCUCCAGCAACUGUUUGGAGAAAUGCACCUGUCACCCCUCAAGCCAGCUCAUCUGUCAGAAGACCAGCUGUGGCGUUGGAGAGACCUGUGCCCUCACUGGCAAAGUGCGCAGCUGUGUCAAGCUGGAAGGGCAAUGCUCGCUCAUGCCCGGAGCCUGGCUCACCUCUUUUGACGGUGCCAGAGGCAAACUCCUCUCCACUGGGGUCUACAAGCUAGCCUCCUAUUGCUAUGAGAACUCCCCCUCCUGGUUCAAGGUGGUGGUGGAUGUCAGUGAAUGCAACGAGGACAGUGUGCCAGCUGGCACCGCCAUCUAUGUCUUCUUCCGGGAAGCAUUCAUCACAGUGACCAACCACAUGGAGGCUUGGGUCAAUGGGCUUCUAGUGCAGCCCCCGCUGAACGUCUCUGAAGCCGUGUCCAUCACCCAGUCUCAAGACACCAUUGUCAUCCACCAGAGGCCCAGGAUGCACAUCUCUUUCAGUCCCAACGGCAAAGUAUCGGUGAGAGUCAGUGACAGCCUGUCAGGAAAGAUGUGUGCUCCUUGUGGGAACUUCAACGGAGACAUCUCAGACGACUUCAGGCUACCCAGUGGUCAGAUCGCAGGUGAUGUCGCGGAGGUCAUGGACGCCUGGAAGGCCAGAGACUUCUCAGAGUGUUAUUAACAACUGGAAAGUCAGAUACUUCUUAAGAUUGUCAUUUCUGAAAAGCCGUAUGGAACCACCUGUUGGACCUCACAAGCACCUUCGGAGGCUACACUUGGUAAAAAUAAAUUAGGCCACAGCCAGGAACGUGAAGGAAUGCACCAUCAUGUCAAAAUACGGCCCUGUGCCAAAUUAAUAGGGUGGAUCUAUCAAUGGUUAUAAGCGAUUAUUCCUAAGAAUGGGACUUCCAUGUUCAGAGGCAGUGUACCUGUGUGUACCAGAUGCAAUGGACAAACAGCAGGGAUGGUUAUCACCUGCAUUUCCUGCUUGAAAGGUGCCCUCCACCAUCUCGCUGGCCCCCUUGGGUGUCAGUGUGCCUGGGGGUAGACGGACACUGGGUCUGACCCAGCAAGCCUCCUUUGAUGUCAUUUCUAUUGAGCAUGCCCCAAUGAUUUGAGAAUUUUGAAGGGGAUCUCCUUCCCUUGCUGCCUUGUAAAUUGCAGCAUGUUCCACAAUAAAAAUGUAGAAAGGCAUUGCGCUCUAACCAGCAAUUGUAAAUGUCAGCAGACUUAAGAAUGAAGAAGGAAGCUCUGUGA